AUGGUUGCAGGUGCAGUCCUCCAGGGUGCUUGCCAGAACAUGGGCAUGUUCAUGGGCGGUCGUGCUCUCCUCGGUUUCGGCAACUCCUUUGCCCAGAUUGCCUCCCCCAUGUUGCUUGCUGAGCUCUGCCACCCUCAGCAUCGUGCAAGACUCACGACUGUCUACAACUGUCUCUGGAACGUUGGAGCUUUGAUCGUAGCCUGGUUGUCCUUCGGUACCGACUUCCUCGGAAACGAGUGGUCCUGGCGUAUUCCCGCCCUUGGUCAGGCCGUUCCCUCCAUUUUCCAGCUGCUUUUCAUCUUCUGGGUACCUGAGUCCCCCCGUUACCUCAUCGCUAAGGACCGCCACGACGAGGCCCUGGACAUCCUUGGCAGGUUCCAUGCCAACGGCAACAACGAUCACCCGACUGUUCAGUUCGAGUUCCGCGAGAUUCGCGAGACCAUCAAGCGUGAGAUGGCCGCCAAGAACAGCAGCAGCUACCUCGACUUCUUCCGCACCCCUGGCAACAAGUACCGCUUCAUCGUCCUCAUCUCCCUCGGUCUGUUCUCUCAGUGGUCCGGCAACGCCAUUAUCUCCAACUACACCAACAUCCUGUACGCCAACGCUGGCAUCGCGAGCUCCACUGCCAGACUCGGUCUCUCUGCCGGCCAGACUGGUCUGUCCUUGAUUGUCUCUCUCACUCUUGCCAUGCAGGUCGACAAAUUCGGUCGUCGCCCCAUCUUCCUCGCCUCCACCGGAGGUAUGCUCAUGACCUUCGUCUUCUGGACCCUCUCUGCCGGUCUGUACGAGGAGCACCGCUCUCCCGGUUCUAACUACGCCAUGAUCUUCUUCAUCUGGCUCUUUGGCUUCUUCUACGCUUUCGCUUGGUCCGGUCUGCUCAUCAGCUACUCCAUCGAAAUCCUGCCUUACAAGCUGCGUGCCAAGGGUCUCAUGAUUGUCAACCUGGUCGUCCAGGCUGCUCUGACGCUCAACAACUACGCCAACCCCUACGCCUUCGAGCACUUCGAGGGCCACACCUGGAAGCUGUACCUCAUUUACACUUGCUGGAUUUUCCUCGAACUUACCUUUGUCUACUGCUUCUACGUCGAAACCAAGGGCCCCACCCUGGAAGAGCUCGUCAAGGUCAUCGACGGCCCCGAUGCCGAGGUUGCGGAUCUCGACUUCGCUCAGGUCGAGCAAGAGGUCAAAAUUGGCCACGAGGCCGAGGAGUUCGACCAUAAGCGUGGUUAA